AUGGAAUCACCGUCAAUGUUAGCACCAACGACAAAUGUCGUUAGUGCAUCUUCAUCGUUACCAUUUGUUCAUCGGUAUUAUGUUCUAUUAAAAGCACAUUAUUUUCUUUUCUUUUCGGCUUUUGGUAUACUGUAUCCAAUAUUAAAUAUAACAUUACGUAGUCGUGGUUUAUCAAAUACAGAAAUUGCAUAUACAAAUUUAAUAAUUCCGUUUUUAGUCUUUUUUACAAAUCCAUUACUGGGUUUUGUUGCUGAUCAUUCGCGUCGUUAUUUAUUAACAUUUAAUUGUAUUCUUGUUGCAACAACACUUUUAUAUAGUUUUAUGUUUAUUUUACCAGCAAUUAAAUCACAUAAUAUUGAAGCUACUAUUGCUUAUGAUGAUACAUUAGGUCAUGUAUUAGAUUUUUGUGCUAGUCAAGAAGUAGCAACUAAAUGUUCAUCAAGAUCAGAAUGUGGAUGUUCUUAUACAUCAUUAUGUCAGAAACAAAAAUUGCCAUUUAAUUUUUCAUUUACAAUGAGUUCAAAAGAUACUCGUCAAACCUUAACAUCUUCAAUUGAUAUGAGUGAAUUAUCAACAUGUGGAAUUCAAUAUCGAGUACCUGUUGAUAAAUUUAUACAAAAUUAUACUUCAAAUCUAUUAAGAAAUAAUGAAAAUAGCCAUGUAUUAGCUAUUUGUGAAAUAACUUGCUCAAUAGCACAUUAUUGUCAUGGAAUCCGUCAUUCUCAACAAGCGCUUUACGUUCUUCUUUAUUCACUUAUAUUUGUUAUUGGUACAGAUCUUAUUUCAAUAGGAAUAACUGUUGGAGCAUCAAUUGGUUUUGCUACAUUACCACGACCUGAUAUAUUUGGAGAACAACGUGUUUGGGGUACAAUUGGUUUUGGUUUGUCAGCUUUUGCUGCUAGUCGUCUUUAUGAAUAUUUUAAAACAGACUUUGUUUAUAUUAUUAUGUUUGCUGUAACAACAAUUAUAUGUAUUUGUGUAACAAGUUUUAUUCGUAUACAACCUCAUAAACGACGACAAAAGAAAACAAAUAAUAAUAUAAGAAAUAAUGAACGAGAAAUAGAUGAUACUAUUAUAAAAAAUACUGCAAUAGAAAAGAAGAAUAAAGAUACACUUCGAUCCAAAGCAGCCGCACUUAUUCCUUUACUUAAAAAAGUCGAUGUUAUGGUUUUUUUUUCACUUACAUUCAUAUGGGGAAUGUCUUAUGCAGCUCUUGAUCCCUAUCUAUAUUUAUAUAUUGAUGAAAUAGCUCCAUGUGAAUCACAUUCUAUUGUUGGUUGGAUGUCAUUAAUAUCUGCAUCAGCUGAAGUCAUAGCUCUUUUUCUUGCUGGACGAAUGCUUAAAUUAAUAGGUAUGAAUGCAUCUUCAGUAAUCAUUUUAAUAGCAUUCACAAUUCGAUUUGCUGGUUAUUAUUUUAUUCGUCGACCUUAUUUUCUAUUAUUUAUGGAAACAAUGCAUUAUUUUAAUUUUGGUAUUCUCUAUGUACUAAUUGCUCAAAAAGCAGAUGCCAUUGCACCACCAGGACUUGCUGGCACAUUACAAGGUGUUGUCUAUGGAGUUUCGUUUGGUUUAGGUCGUGGCGUUGGCUUAAUCGCAUGCUCAUUUAUAUAUACACGUACUCAAUCAAGACUUUUAUUUUUAGUAUUUGCAAUAUUUGAUGCAAUCGCUGCCAUCAUCUAUAGUAUUUAUUUUUUUCUCAGAGCAAAAUUCGGAAAGAAAUCUAAUCAGUUGAAUAAUAAUAUGAAUAUACCCAAAAUUGUUAUUGAGUCUGAAACAAAUAUCAACGAAGAGCCUUUAUUAAUUCCAUCAUCAACAAAUGAAAUAGAUGAUAAGAUUGUCGAACAAUAA